GCAUUGAAGUCAAUAAAGUCGGCAGUAUUAUAAAAAUUAAGCAUUUUAGUGAUAUGGUUACUGGCUCACAAGCCACCACCAAAUGGGUAGUGAACUGAAUGUAACGACAAGCGAAACCAGGUGUGCAGGCUGAAUGUUCACUAUCAUACCCGCCGCCAGUAAUGCCCGGGGCCCAGUUCUGUAAAAGCUGGAGCCUGUAUGUCAUCCACUUCAUUUUUAACAUCUUUAUUAUCUUUAUGAGUGUAGUACGCAGGACAUGGAUUGGAAAUAUUAUAUCAAUUAUUUGGAAUUGGACGGGCAGUUGGUUCAGCUGGACGCGCCAGUCCGACACGAUGCUACGAAAUGUUGAGAAGAAAAUAUUGUCAUGUCUGAAGACAGCAUACAAGCGGUUUUAUGUGGACAUCGGUUCCGUGGUAGGGCAGAGCGACAGGAUAUGGACCAUCUCCUUGAACGACGAGGCGCCGGCCACGCCUCUAGUGAUGCUGCACGGGAUGGGCGCCGGCGUGGCGCUGUGGUGCCCCAACCUUGAUGUCCUGGCCGCUAACAGGCCGGUGUACGCCAUCGACUUGCUGGGCUUCGGUCGCAGCUCCCGCCCGAAGUUCUCAACGGACGCGGACAAGGUGGAAGCGCAGUGGGUGGAGUCCGUGGAGGAGUGGCGGCGGGAGGUCAACAUCCGACAGUUCAUCUUGCUGGGGCACAGCCUCGGCGGGUACAUCGCCACGGCGUACGCGCUUAAAUACCCUGAGAGAGUACAACACCUUAUCCUGGCCGACCCUUGGGGCUUCCCCGAAAAACCCGCGAAUGUGCACGAAAAGUACCAGAUCCCCCUCUGGGUCCGCGCAGUCGCCACAGCCGUAUCCCCCCUCAACCCGCUAUGGGCAGUGCGCGUUGCCGGCCCGGCCGGGAAGUGGCUCAUUAGCAAGACGAGGCCGGACCUGUCCAGGAAAUACCUGAACUUUGUGCCCGACGCGGAGACGGUUAUACCGGAUUAUAUACACCAGUGCAACACGCAGACUCCUAGUGGUGAAAGCGCGUUCCACACAUUAAUGCACGGCUUCGGCUGGGCAAAGAACCCGAUGGUGAAGCGAGUGUCCAAACUGGACGCGAACCUUCCCGUCACCGUGUUGUAUGGCAGCCGGUCUUGGGUGGACAACAGCACGGCCCAGGUGCUGGCGGAUCAGCGGCAGAGCCCUCAAAACACGUUCGUGCAAGUGAUCAACGGUGCCGGCCACCACGUGUAUUUAGACAAGCCCGAGCUCUUCAACAAGUACGUGCUCGAAGCGUGUGCUCGCACCGACGGACCCACAAACCCUUCCAGACUUGCGAUCGAGCCAGCGAGACCCGAAAACCAGCCAGCGAGACUCGCAAUCGAACCAGCGAGACCCGAAAACGAGCCGGCGAACCCCGAGCGGGCCAGCGACGAGCGAGCGCCCAACAACACGGCUUCUUGAUCGUAGGUAUCUGUA